AUGUCCGAACUGCGCGCAAGCGAUCUCCAGGCUUGGCAAAGGCUUGUCCUCUAUAUAAUCGACGCGUACCGCCUAUCUGGGCUCCUUGUUGCACGCUCACUAGACGUCUCUCGCAUUUUCGCUCUUCUCGCUUUGCUCUGCUCUGCUCAUCGCACACUCAAUCGUUCCUUCAUCUGCAUACACACACCACUCACUAUCAUCAAGAUGACACACCACGCCGGCCCGUCCACCUCUACCCUCAACAACUGGUAUGAGGAGCCUUCAGAGAAGACGGAACACGCGUUGCCAAAGUCGGUUCCGCUCUCGCCCACAACAACGCUGCAGCACACACCUUACACGGCCGAGCCGGAUCGCGAACAUCAGCGGCGCUUGAAUCGUCAAAGCGUGUUCGGCGAGAUCCCAACCACUGCCUUCGGCCCUGUGGAGACGUACCCUGCCGAGCACGCGGAGGAAACACCGCGCUCGGAGUACAAGGUGACCCGCAUCGCGCGCCGUAUUCAUGGUUGGACGUGGCAAGCGUACCCCAUCGGCAUGGGCACCAGCGCCGUCUAUGUGACGAUGUCUGGGUUGAGGGAUCGCUCGGAUACGCUCCGCAUCGUCGAGCAUAUAUUCUUCUUCCUGAACAUAGGCAUCUUCUUCCUGAAUCUCUCGACGCUGCUGCUCCAGGCCAUCCUGUAUCCUCGGCAGGCGAAGCGGCUGGUAACAGACUCCAGCAAGAACAUCUUCAUUCCGCUGAUGAUCCUGUCGUUCGCAACAAUCAUCAUCGGUAUCAUCAACUACGGCGUUACUCCCGGUGUGCUCGCAAGAGACUCCGCGUAUAUCCUCUUCUGGAUCUACAUCGCCCUAGCUGUCGGCAUAUCGUUUCCGUUGCUCAUGAUCUGGUACAACCAGCCACAUGACAUUCGCACGAUGAGCCCUGCUUGGAUGUUCUUGGUCUUCCCAAUGAUGCUCGUCGGCGUUGUCGCCUUCAAUGUGCUCAAGACGAUGGAUCCCACCGACGACCGUGCUGUUGGAGUACUUAUUCUGGGAUAUUUCUUCCAGGGUAUCGGAUUUUUCGUUACGCUAUUUUAUAUAGCGGCUUACUUCAUUAGGAUCAUGAUGACUGGAUUCAUGGAGGGUCACCAAGCAAACGGCGUCUUUGUCGCUGCUGGACCGCCAGGCUUCACGGCUCUCGCCCUCAUCAACUUGGGCCAGAGUGCGCGUACGAUACUCCCUGCUCAUGGCCUCGUCUCAGAUGUAGCCGGGGAAGUAUGGUACGCAUCGAGCCUAUUAACUGCGCUCAUGCUCUACGGCCUCGCGGUCUUCCUAUUCCUGUUCGGUGCCCUGCCGUACUGGUUCAAGCUGCACAAGCACUUGAACGAGAUUCUUGGAUGCUGGGCGUUGACUUUUCCGAACGUGGGCUGGAUCGCAACGACCGGUGCCCUCGGCAACGCGCUGAAUAUCACCGGCUUCUUUGAGCUCCAGCUUAUCUUCGUCAUAGCCAUGGCGUUCGUCUGGAUCGUCCUCGCUGUGUUCACUGCCGUUGCGCUCAAGCGAGGACUCAUCCUCAAGUCCAAGCCUGAAGAUGUUCUCCAGGACAUGCGCAAGGGGUCCCACAAGACUGUCGACAGCCCGGUCUAA